CCAGCGCCUCGCUCUCCUCACCACCUUUACUCUGCUCCUCCAACGAACACCACGGACCAAACCAUGGCGGCCGUGUAGCAGCCUCAUCUUCUUCCGCAGGGGGGGAAGGAGGAGAUGGUGGGCGUGGGCGUCGGGACGGGGGCGCUGGGCUCCGUCAUCGGCAAGCUCGCCACCCUGCUGGGCGACGAGUACAAGAUGCUCAAGCGGGUCCGCAAGGACAUCGCCUUCCUCGAGCGCGAGCUCCGCCGGAUGCAGAUCCUGGUCAACGUGCUCGCGGACAUGGAGGGGCUCGACGAGGUGGCCAAGGAUUGGAAGGCCAGCAUGCGCGAAAUCAGCUACGACAUGGAGGAGUGCAUCAACCGCUUCAUGCUCCGUCUCGGGAACGGCGACGCCAAGCCUGGGUUCAGGAAGAAGACCGUGCGCCGGCUCAAGACGCUCUUUGAGCGCCAUGGAAUCGGCACCCAGAUCAAGGAGCUCAAGGCCCGUGUCUCCGAGGAGGACGAACGGCGGCAGAGGCUGAACCUCGACAACUACGCCCCAGCGACGAACGUGGCGAUAGAUCCCCGACUAGCUGCGUUUCACAGGGUGGCCAUUGACGGCCCUAGGGAUCAAAUUACCUCUUGGUUGACAGAGGAAAGUGUGGACCUGAAGCUGGUGGCCAUUGCUGGAGGUGGAGGGCUCGGAAAGACUACUCUUGCCAUAGAGACCUAUCGCACGAUUGGAGAGCAAUUCCAGUGCCGAGCUUCGGUGUCGGUGUCGGGCACCCUUGAUCCCGACAAGUUCUUGGAAGAUAUCCUGUCUCAAAUCGACGAAGCUGCAUCCAGUAAAUACCAGUUGGAGAGGUGGAAGAAAGACGAGCUAAUCCGUGAGAUCCAAAGAAUCUUGACAGGAAAGAGGUAUAUUUUCUUCAUACAGACAUGUUACUAGCAUUUGAUGAUCUGUGUGUUAAUGAGCUUAAUAACAUUGUAUAUAUAUAUAUAUAUGUACUUCUUUGUCAUUGAUGAUGUAUGGAAAGAACAACACUGGGAAUUUGUCAAAGCAGUUUUUCGUGACAAUUAUAAUGGUAGCAGAAUAAUUGUUACGACCCACAUUACCAAGGUAGCCAAGUCAUGUUGUU